AUGCCGCGAAUACCCACCCGCACUACUCCUUAUGAUACACCAAACCGACAGCACAGGCAUUUCAAAAAUAAGCGUGAACAGAUCCUCAAAGCUCUAGGACAUCCAGGAAAAUCAUCCUACAUCAAUGGGUCGCAGUUUGCUAUCGUAUGGGUUUCAGCUCGAGGCGAAACGGAAGUGUACGGUUCCCCAGUGCUCCAGAAGUUAUUUAGUCAUCAACCUGGUCAAUGCGGUCUGUUCGGUCCUGAGGUCCUUGAAAGGAUCAGGCAAGCCGCAAAACAAGCAAAAGACAACAUUGGGGCAUCGAUUCUUGAUGUACAGCCUGGUAACCAACCUGAAGGUCUAUCCAAAAAACGCAAAUCACUUUCGGCGAGCUGCCUAGCAAGUAACCAGCUACAUCAGGUGAUGCGGGAUAUGAAUGACGAGUCGAAGGAAAAUGAUCCAUCACAAGCUUCUUCAGUCUGUUCUCCAUCACCCAUCCCCAAACUACAAUUCUCAGCGAAACAUUUAGAAGGAUCUUUGUGUGAAGAUUCUCCAAACGACUCUUCUCAUGAAAAUGAAGGCCUGCUGUUUGAAAAUUCAGAAUCGAAGAGCUUUAACAAGACAUCAGAUAUCUCCCUCAUGGCUUCAAAUUUCACUACUCCCCCAAAAUCACUCUGCCCUGAAAGGUCCGCCACGGCCAUCCUCCGGGACGAUUCUUCUAGCAAGGUAGUGCGUUGUCAAUCAGCCAAUACUAUUCCUAUUUCAUCCGCUGAAACAACCCAUGCUGGCCUUCAGUCGAUGCGAGAAUUGAAAUCAUCAGAACUUUCAAAAGCGCCUAGGAUAUUCAAGCCCUUGCCCAUUCGGCCUUCGUCUCAAUUCGGGGCUUGGAACGAAGUUUCCUUCACAAGUCCUCAAUCGAUCAGUCAGUUUCUGGAGGGGAAAUUCGGACAGCUGCAACAAAACUUGUGUAAACUGGUCUGUAAAGCAUGGAUCAAAGUGAUCGAACCCAAAAAGCAGACCAAGUUUCCUUAUAGAGGGGGCGAUACUCGCAAGCCGGACUGGUGGCCAGCAGAUGUUCGUCACAAGGAGCCAGACCAUCUCGCAAAGCCUGAAAGGAUGCGCUUGAUGUUGGCUAUCCUGGGCUCUGGCCGAAUUGAAGUUGCGAGGCUCGAAUUAGCUUCAGCGGAGCAAGCUGCCCACAUCACUCAGGACAAGAUGGCAAUUUUACGAGACAUAUAUAUUGUUGCAAGAGAAGAAGAGCGGCUUAGAACCAUUUGGCCAGCGAACGGGAGUUUCCGCCCCUUCAAAGUACGGCUGAGUGACGCUUCAUCGGAAAACGAUGCUCAAUGUACCCCAAGUGAAUUGAGUUGCGGCGAUGAAAGAAACCCUCUCAGAACAACCCUGGCGUCUCUGAGCGACCGCAACGAUGUCAACAACCAAAUCUUCUUUUCUGAUUCAUUCUCGCCACUACCCGAUUCCAACCAAACCAAGAUGACAGAUAAAAAUGGGGUUAAUUAUCGUGGUGAAUCGAAUCCGAAUCUCUUUGACCCUAGCGCCAAAAAACCCUUUUCCCUGAGCUUAGAUUCAAAGUUUCUUUCACUCAAGAAUACCGAAGCGUCACAAACAAACUGGACAAGUAAUCCAUAUUUUUCAUCUUUGGGAAAUAAUGCUGGUCUUGGGGCAGCUUCGGCUCAAUCAACUCGGUUACCUACUCCCAUGAGUGCAUCUACAAACGGCCUGCAGUCAUACACCUCUCAGUUUCCUUCUUAUAGUAUUCCAAACCUCAUGACCGACAGCCAUACUUUCUUUGAUCAGCAAGAUCUGACUACAGAGAGACCAAACUCCUUUCACAACAGUACACUUGGGCAAUCCGGAAUACUUCAAGGAGAUGCAAUGGGAUCCAGCGUCAACGGACGUGAUUCAGCAAUGGACGCAAACUUGUCACCAUGGGCAAAUCUCCAACCAAUGCUCUCGCCAGCUGAUCUGUUCAGUUAUAGCAGCAUACUCCCCGAUCAGCAAAGGUACCUUCAAACGGGCAACCGCAGUACAAACUACUCCCAGUCUCUUCCUAUGCAUAGCCAACCCGACAUGCUCACAAAGGAGUCGAAUGGCUCGAGACUCUCCGAUACAAGUCCUUAUCGACAUAGUCUUGCUAACUCUACUGAUAAGUUGAACGACAACUCGACCUCGCUGGCUCUGCCUUUGGCGCCCGAAUCGUAUCGUCCUUCCAAUUCAGCUAUUCCUGCAAAGUCUACAACCCGCAACUCCUCGAGGGAUUUUUCCUCCGAGAUAGACCCAUGGGUGAUGGUAGAGGGCGAUUGUCUUUCGAUGAUGGGAUCAUCGCUUGACAAUUCCCGCAGCUAUGGUUUCAUUAGCGAGGACCCCAAUCUUUCUGGGAAUCGUUCAACCGUACUUGAGCCGAUGCUGGGGAGCAUGUCGCAGGGGCAUAGUUUUGACUUCCCCAACUCAGUAGAGUCCUUUGCCGUGCAAUCAAACGCCGUAUUUCCAAGCUCGUUAAGUAAUAGUGCUCAUUCUUCAUCCAACACAGGAUUUUCAACCUAA